AUGUCAGCAACAACAACAUCAAAAACAUUGUACCAAUUGGUUAAUGAUAAUAAAAAAGAGUCGAAUGCAGUCGUCAUUCCAACAGCGAACGAACAACACUAUGCAACGGUGAGCUACGAUCAGUUGGUAAAUAACUCUAUUCAAUUCUCUCAGCAAUUGGCUGCUCAUUCCAUCAAGAAAGGCGAUGUUGUUUCAAUCAUAGUCGGUAAUGGUUAUCCUAUUUUAGUUUGUUUUUUGGGAACAACAUUCACAAGAUGUAUUGCAGCACCUUUGAAUUCCGCUUAUACCUGUGAGGAAUUCAAAUACUAUUUGGACGAUAUGAAGGCAAAGUUGGUUGUUGUUCAAGCCGGUUUGACAGAGGCAUUGAAAGCAUCCGAAGAGUUGGGUCUACCCGUUUGGCAAGUGAAUGAAGUGUUUGAUUACGAUAGUAACCAUACUCAUUUCACUUUGACAAUCGAUGGUAAAGUAAUUGAGAUCAACAACAACAACGUUGGUGGUUUGUCAGAGUUACCGGAACCAGAUGACGUUGCAUUGUUUCUUCAUACCUCUGGUACAACCAGUAAGCCAAAGGGUGUUCCUCUCACCCACAAGAAUAUAACUACUUCCAACUCGAAUAUCGCGCGAACAUUCCGAUUGUCGCCAGCCGAUCGUUCAAUGGUUGUAAUGCCACUGUUCCACGUUCACGGUUUGAUUGGUGUUUCGCUCUCGACUCUGCUCAGCGGUGGAUCGUUAGUCAUCCCAGUGAAGUUCAGUGCAUCGACAUUCUGGCAACAAGUCAAACAAUUCAAAGUGACAUGGUACUCUGCAGUGCCAACCAUCCACUCCAUCUUGAUAUCAAUGGAGAAACAACCGGAAAACUCACCAAACAAAGGUGUAUUCAGAUUCAUCAGAAGUUGUUCUUCAUCAUUAUCACCAACCCUAUUAGAGAGUUUAGAGAAUUGUUUUGGUUGUCCAAUUGUCGAAUCAUAUGGUAUGACUGAAGCUGCUCAUCAAAUGACAUCGAAUUUGUUACCGGAGGAUGGAAAGCGUAAAGCGGGAUCCGUUGGCAGAGCAUCGUUUGUCGAUGUUGGUGUUGCCGAUGACAACGGUGAUUUGUUGGAGCAAGGAAAGGUUGGUGAGGUUUGUGUAAAGGGUGAGAAUAUCAUGAAGGGAUACAAUAACAAUCCACAGGCAAACAUUGAUAAUUUCACUAAGCACGGUUGGUUCCUGACCGGUGACAUCGGUUAUUUGGACGAGGAUGGAUUCCUCAUUCUCAAAGGCAGAAAGAAAGAGAUUAUCAAUCGUGGCGGUGAGAAAAUCAGUCCACUCGAAGUGGAUAAUGCACUCCUAGAGAACAGCGCCAUUGCCGAGGCAGUGUGUUUCGGUGUGCCCGACGCCAAGUACGGAGAGGAGAUCUGGGCUGCCGUUGUACCAAAGCCAGAUCACAAUCUCACCGAGCAAGACAUAAUGGAAUUCCUCCAAAAGAAAAUAGUAUCAUUCAAGAUUCCAAAGAAAAUAUUUGUUACCAACAGCUUCCCAAAGACAUCCACCGGAAAGAUUCAAAGACGUUUUAUCUCUGAACACUUUUUAAAGAUUGCAGCAGCAGCAACAGCUGAAGCUAAAUAA